AUGAACAGGGUCAAGAAGGAGAACGAUCUACAGAAACGAGACGAUGAUGAUGGCUCAUCAUCUUAUCUAUCUAAAGAACUGGUCGAAGAGAUUCUUUUGAAGUUGCCGACUAAAUCCAUACCGAAGCUCAUCGUCGUCUCGAAGCUCUGGUCUUCUAUAGUCCGCAGCAAGAAGUUCAUCGAUCUGUACAUGAAACGAUCUCUUACUCGUCCUUGUUUUCUCUUCUUAUUCAACCGUGACGACGUCCAGUUCUAUCACUCAGCCACUCAGGAGGCAGCAGCACCGUGUUGUUACACUUGUAGACUAUCAAGCUUUCCUCUGAGUCUUAUUGAAACGCGGAUCUCUUCACUAAGUUUCAACGUUUCUCAACCGGUACACGGAUUUAUCUGCUGUCAAGAUUUGGAUAAGGUGGUGGUUUUGAAUCCUAGCACGGGCCAAGUCUUGGUUUUACCACAAGUUAGAACUAGGAGGACACAAAUAUCAAGAUUCUUCGGAUACGAUUCGAUAAGAGAUGAAUACAAAGUCUUGUGCAUGACGGUGUUGCAAGUUUCUGACGAAGAUGAACCGGUUGUGAGCGAGGAGCAUCAAGUUUUCACAUUAGGUGUAGGGAAGAAGAAAGAAGCUACGUGGAGAAUGAUCGAAUGUAAGGUUCCACAUUGUCCUGCAACCGAAGGGGUGUGUCCGAAGAACGGUGUUGUUUAUUACGGAGCUUGGUCCAACAGUGAUAAAUACGGAUCUGUAAUUGUGGCCUUUGAUGUGAGAUUGGAAGAGUUCACUCUUGUUAAGUUACCCCUUGGUGUCAAAAUUAAUGAUAGUGGUUCUGGAUUGGUGAGCUGCCAGGGGAAGGUGGCUUUAGUUAAUCAAAAUCAAUCAUAUCAUAAUAAGUUGAAUAUGUGGGUUUUGGAAGAUGUCGACAAACCAGAAUGGUCUAAGAUCUCAGUUGUGGUUCCUUUUUGGGAUGGUUUAUCUGGACCAGAGUUUUUUCACUGCAGAGGUGCUAUCAGUUCUGACGAGUUCAUAUUCUCACCAAUCUAUCCGACUGUGCGCCCCUUCUUUAUCGUCAGCAAGGAAGACAUAGCCACAAGAGUUGAGAUUGAAGGACUUGGAGAUAACUUUGGUUUUGUGAUUGUCUUGUUGGAUUAUGCAGAGUGUCCUAUUUUUCUCUAA